AUGUCUGAGAUUCACCUCCGUGAAUCAUCGAGUUCAGAUAGCAACCCAAAGACGAAGCCGCGGCCCAAGACAUCCUCCAUUCCGGUACCUUUUACGUACAACCCCAGUGAUGAUGGGACAGACGAGAAUCUGCUCAUUCUCCUGCACGGCCUCGGCGAUACCCAGGUUCCAUUUGGCAAGCUCGGUCGUCAGCUGAAGCUGCCGCAGACCGCUACACUCGCCCUCCGUGCACCUGAACGGAUCCCGUUCCUCUACGAAGAGGCGUUCCAGUGGUACACAUCCUUCGACCCACUCGGCGAACUCCUCGAGCGGCCGAACCCCACACCCGCGCUCGAGCUUCUCGCCAGGGUCCUUGCGCAUCUCGCUGCCGACUGCGCGUGGCCGCCGCACCGCAUUCACCUCUUCGGCUUCGCGCAGGGCGGCACUGUCGCCGCUGAGGCCGCGCUCGCGUGGUGGAACGCGGAGCUCGCAGCCCAGCGCGCGGACUCGCCCCAUGCUUUGCGCCCACUCGGCUCCGUCGUGAGCGUAUGCGGGCCCCUGCUGUCGUACCCGACGCUCGCGCGAGCUUGCCCCACGCCGCUGCUCCUCUUCCACCGCCCACCACCUGCAGGGACCGCGUUGCCCGCGAGUGCAUUGGCAUCAUUCAAGAAAGGCUUCGGACAUGUCGUAGAGGUGAAAAUGCGCGGAGAAAGUAUGCCUCGUUCCGAAGACGAGUGGAGGCUUAUAAUGCAGUUUUGGAGCGAACACCUAGGACGACGGCAGAUGGACGGACUAUACGAAGUAAUGAGCGGAACAGCAGCUUGA